UGCCCAUCAGUGCCACGUGCCAGUGCCCAUCAGUGCCACCCAUCAGUGCCAGUCAGUGCCACCUAUCAAUGCCAAUCAGUGCCACCUAACAGUGUUUCCAAUCAGUGCCACCUAUCAGUGCCAGUCAGUGUCGCCUAUCAGUGCCAGCCAGUGCCGCCUACCAGUGCCAGUCAGUGCCGCCUAUCAGUGCCAGUCAGUGUUGCCUAUCAGUGCCUCCUAUCAGUGUCAUGUAUCAGUGUCAUGUAUCAGUACUGCCUUUCAGUG